AUGGGAUAUCUCAAGGUACUUCACAAUUGUACCAAUAGUCGUAUAAAUCCUUGUGCAGAUGUUACCCUAGAGGAUCUACUACAGUAUCGUAGUCUUCUAACUGCAGUAGCCAGCGAUGUCCCUUCAGGGCAUGACGGUAGCCAAAAGCGGAAAAAAGCAGACCAGAUGGAUGAGCUGAAAGUACUGCAUUCUCGUGUGACCAAGGCACAGAUAAGCAUUCAGAAACAAUUGCUCGAAUGUGCUCCGUGCAGUCAUAGUGUUCUCCCAUCCCAACGUGAGUCCGCUCUACUCGAAGCCAUUUCGAGGUGUCAGAAAAUGAAUUUCGGUAGUCUAUUGCAACCCGCUUAUCAACUUAUUGAGGACGUAAAUACUCCUAACAGCGACCCUGCCUUUAUUAAGUUUACUGGUGGCGAGACAUCCAUGGUGAGUUGCCUUCGAUAUUUUUAUAUGCAUCUACUUCUAGAUCCACAAGCUUUUAAUACCUGGUGCUGGGAAAAACAGCCUUGUAUACUCGGAUGA